UAAUGGACGAUCCUUGAUGCGGGCCGGGGACCGAGCCGGGGCCAAAUGUGUUUGUUGUUUACGCAGCGUCGGACAAAGAUGUUCCUGUUAACUUGUGGGGCGUGAAAAAAAGGAGGGCGAAGCUUUUUACACAGAGGAAACGGCAGCAGCAGAUUUCAUCUCCUCUUUUUUUCUCAGGAAAAGCAGAGAAAUGGAAAUGUGUGUAGCCCUCCUCCUCCUCCGUUUGCCUGUUUACUGAAGGACUGAGCCUCAUCCGUGGAUCUUUUUUUUUUUACAUGAGUGGAAAAGACAUUCAGUGAGAUCCUGAUCGGUUUUUUUUUUCAAGGGGACGUUGCUUUCAUUUUGUAUUAUUUUUUCUUCUUUUCUUUUUGGACCUACAGCAGCAGAUCAUCGGGAGAAUUAACAGGUGACAGCUUGGACAAAUUCAAAAUGAGUGAGCUGGAGCAGCUUCGUCAGGAGGCCGAGCAGCUUAGGAACCAGAUCAGAGAUGCCAGGAAAGCAUGUGGAGACUCAACCCUGACACAGAUAACUGCUGGUCUGGAUCCUGUGGGGCGGAUUCAGAUGCGAACAAGACGCACCCUCCGCGGCCACCUCGCAAAGAUCUACGCCAUGCACUGGGGCUCCGACUCAAGGCUUCUGGUUAGUGCCUCUCAAGAUGGAAAACUGAUCAUCUGGGACAGCUACACCACUAACAAGAUCCACGCCAUCCCCCUGCGCUCCUCCUGGGUAAUGACCUGUGCAUACGCUCCCUCUGGGAACUACGUGGCCUGCGGAGGACUCGACAACAUCUGCUCCAUCUACUGCUUGAAGACGCGCGAAGGCAACGUCAGGGUCAGCAGGGAACUACCUGGCCACACAGGUUACCUGUCGUGUUGCCGCUUCAUUGAUGACAAUCAAAUCAUCACGAGUUCAGGAGACACCACAUGUGCACUGUGGGACAUCGAGACGAGUCAGCAGACCACGGUUUUCUCAGGUCACAGCGGCGAUGUCAUGAGCCUGUCCCUGUCACCUGACCUCCGCACCUUCGUGUCGGGAGCCUGCGACGCUUCGGUCAAACUGUGGGACAUCAGGGACAGCAUGUGCCGGCAGACCUUCACGGGCCAUGAGUCGGACAUCAACGCCAUCUGUUUCUUUCCCAAUGGCAGCGCCUUCGCCACAGGCUCUGACGACGCCACCUGCAGGCUGUUCGACCUGCGUGCAGAUCAGGAGCUCAGCCUCUACUGCCAUGACAACAUCAUCUGUGGCAUCACCUCCGUGGCUUUCUCCCGCUCCGGCCGUUUGCUGCUGGCUGGUUACGAUGACUUUAACUGCAACAUCUGGGACGCCAUGAAGGGAGACAGAGCAGGAGUCCUGGCCGGCCAUGACAAUCGUGUGAGCUGUCUGGGUGUGACGGAUGACGGCAUGGCGGUGUGCACCGGGUCCUGGGACAGCUUCCUUAAGAUCUGGAACUGAGCCAUGCACAUAAACACACACACACACACACACACACACACACACACACACACACACACACACACACACACACACACACACACAGCUCCCAUGUCGGGACACAGUUUGCACCCUGUAUUCACACUGUAUGUAAGAUUCAACAGACAAACUACAACAUCGUACUGUACAUAAUAUACUAUAUGACUUAGGUAUGAGUUUACACACACACACAAACACACACAUUGUAUACAGGACAAGUAACACACGCCCACACUACCUACAGCUGAUCUAAGUGCACAGCAGCAAGGCUACAGUACAGACACACAUACACACAUACACACACACAAUCUGUAAAAUAUCUAAAUGUGACCAAAUACAGCUGGAUCUUCAGCUGCUCAAAUAAGAACACAAACACCACUGUUACCUGAAGCCUUUUAACACAUCUAACACACACACACACACACACACACACACACACACACACACACACACACACACACACACACACACACACACACACACACACACACACACACACACACACACUUUUCCUGAGAGACACUGUUCCUCAAGUUAAGCAGGGGAGAAGACGUUAUUGGACAAUUCUGUCUUUGUUUACAAUGAAGUCCAAAAUGCACUUCAGACAAAAUUUUUCUGUACUAUUUUUGUCUCCGUAUCAUAUCUCAGCAACUUUAAUGUGAAGGAAGAAUCAUGUGAGUCCAUUAACACUGAAAAUAAAAUUUAAAAAAAUAGAGAAAGAAAUCAGUGACAGACAGGACGGACCGAUGAUCGACUGAUCCCAAGGAAAAUAUCAAGUCUUGUUUUUCUUCUGGUUCAAAACAUCAUGUAGUCACUGUUUUCUAGACAUGUACCCCCAAACUCAGUACAUCUCUUCUUCAAAGUUUUUUGUUUUAUUUUGCUUAUUAUUAUUUUUUACACUUAUUUUAUUCAUAUUCUCCCUGUGUGCCUCAGAUACACUUAUUAAUAGAGAAUAUUGAUACAGUUAAAUUAACUGAAAACGAUCUGAGAUUAAGAAGGUGAAAAAUAAAAAGCAUUAUAAGACACAUUUUAAUAGGCAGGAGCCAGUAUUCAUACUUUGACUUUGUCACUGUAUUAUCUGGACAUUACUAUGGUAUAAUUGUACAUAAUAUUAAUAAAUAAUAGCCUCUCCUGCCA